CAGAACAGCAAUAUGGUAUCUAGGAUCCCGAGGCCAUCUCAUAUUCCCCUGAAUACCAGCGAUCAUAGAAGGCAGUACAAGCGCCAGGACACCUACACGAAAAUUCCAGCCGUCGGGAUGAUAAGAUACGACACGGACAAUAAAGAGCAGUACGACAGCAGCAACCGCAUUCAACAAUUGCAAUCCGAAAGAACCAAGGAUGAGAAGAUUGCGACAGAAGAGAUGCGUAACAUGGAGAAGGAGGCGGAUAAUGAUGAGAAAUCCGAGCUACCAGAAUCGGCUCUGUUUCAACCAAUUCAAGACAAGCCCAGGAAAAAGGUCGAACCCUCGAAAGAGAUGCAAGCCGCCAUGAAGGUGCUCAACGAUAGUAUCAAGAAGUCACCUAGCAGAAAUAUCUCUCAUCAGCUUAAGAACGCUACUAAUAUUAUACAGCAAGAAUGGUUCAAAAUAUCCAGCACAUCUAGCGCGAAUCCGUUAGAUGUCGAGGAUUAUUUGGAUCGUUUCGAGGAAUGCUCCAGCACUCUACUGGAGUACAUUGUCAACAUGACGGACACCAGUGGAAAUACAGCGAUGCACUACGCGGUCUCUCAUGGCAAUUUCGACGUGGUGUCUAUAUUGUUAGACUCGAAAGUCUGCGACAUUAAUAAGGCGAACGUGGCUGGUUACACGGCUGUGAUGUUAGCUGCUCUGGCAGAAGUCAGAAAUUCCACGCACGCCUCCGUGGCGAAUAGAUUGUUUCAGCUUGCCGAUGUCAACAUCCGAGCAAAAUUGCAUGGGCAAACUGCGCUGAUGUUGGCGGUAUCGCACGGACGCAAGGAUAUGACGCAACUGCUCCUGGAUGCCGGAGCGGCGGUUAAU